GGCCUUUCCCGCACUUCCGCGAGGUCCAUGCUGCGAAUGGCCAGAGCCGUUUUUCGAAUGUGAUUGGUGCUUCGCUCGGGGCGCGCGCUCCUCAAUGGCUAAUUAACCUGGCCCCACUAAAUGUGCCGUUCGCUAUUGCUAGCAACGGUUUGGGCCGAGCGUGUUUAUCGAGCACGAUGAGCGCCCGGCCCGGCGUGCCCGGCCCUUUCCAGAAAUCAGUUAAAUGUAAGUGCAUCUGUCUGGCACUGGCUCUGGAGACUCACGUCUGGCUGCGGCCGUGCAGUACCUGGGUGCCCAGGCAUCUCCCCAGGCUUCCAAAUAAUUUAAAAUGGGAAGAUCGCCAGAUGUGUCGAGGCACGCCGCCCAGUCUUGGAGCUAAAUGUAUGGGCUCGUUUUGGGGCAGGAGCCCGGCACGGCCGAUGGCAGGCCACUGAUAAUUCGGGCCAUGCGCUAAUACUUCGGGCCAUGCAACACCGCACCCAUGAGCCCCAGGCCGGACCACAGCCAAGUUUGCAGUCACUCCCCAAUUCCUGUGACGACAAUGAAAUGCUUCUUGCAGACAGACCCGUCAAGCCCGGCUUUUUCCCGUUUUCGAUCCACCCCAUGAGAAAAAAAAAAGAAGGCGUCGCCAGACAUUGUCUUUUGACAGGCCCUGCGGAUUUUUCGAGAGGCCUUGUGAAUUUUUCGAGAGGCCCUGCGGAUUUCUCCAGUGGCCCUGUGAAUUUUUCGAUGGCCCUGCGGAUUCCCGCGCGGCCUUGUCAGCAUCACGCCCGCAAUGAAUUCCAAACCAUCCAAAUAACAGACAACAACAGCGACACCCGGCGGUCCGGGCCGCAGGCGAGUACGCUCACUAAAAAACCCGGGCCCUCUUUGCCCACCCUCCCAGCUGGCCUCGCUGUAUUAACCCUCAUGUCCGGCUCCCGCGGCCGUGUUUUUUUCGCCCGCGCCGCGCGCGUUAUGCCUGGGCAUCAGUGCGCCCAUUCUUCUUUGUCUGCCGCAGCCCAGUCGAUCCUAGAGCCGCAAAAUCCGCUCGUUCCGGCCAGUUCCACGUCAAGGCUCUGCUCGGAAAUCCACAGUGCCCCCAGCAAACGCAAACGGCCGACUCCAGUGCAUCGGCCCCUCCCCAUACCCCCCUCUUCUCCGACCCCAAACGCGUUGCCCCAUCUCCCCCCAGACGCUUUGUACCAUCUACCCAGCAUGUCGCUAUACGAGUACAUCCAGGAAUUCUCCGGCGCCGUGGCGCAGGAAAACGGCGCCAAGCUCAAGCGGCUUCUCACAAUCAACCCUGCCCAUGGCGAGGGCCCCAAAAGGGCCAGGUUCAGCGAGCCCAGCGAGAUCGACCUCUACCCUUUGGCUGAGAAGUUCCAGCCCGUGGUGCGCUGCUACUUGACGGCCAUGCGGUCCAUCUACAUAAGCAGCGAUAUCCACGCGUCCUUAUUCAACCUCAACGACUUGGUGGUGGCGUUGAACCGCGCCGCAGAAACGCAGCUGAAGUGGAUCUGCGCUGCGCUCAUCAACUGCAGCGACGAGUUGAUCUCGCUCUUCCAGGUGCGAGCUCAGCAGUCGUCGGCACGCCAGGACGACGAGGCCAAAGCGGCCGUCUCCGAGUCGCUAGAGCUCAUCGCCGCCACCAUCAACCGGUCAUUCAAGAUCUGCCUCACGGACAAGACGCUCGACCUUGCCGUGUCCAAGAAGAACAGCAUCCAUUUCUUCUUGGCCGUGCUCAUCAAAAUCUACUUCAAGUUGCACAAGCUCGAGUUGGCCAAGUCCAUGGAAAAGGCGCUCACGGGCACGGGCCUCGCGCUCCCCACCAUUGUCAACAGCCCCGUGGAGUACCGCAGGCAUAUCGUCACGUACCUCUACUUCAGCUCGCUUCUCUCGCUCGACGAGUCCGAGUUUGCGUUUGCCGAGGCAAAGCUCCUUACUGCCAUGCAGUUCCUCUCGUGCUACAAAGCGCCGGCCAAAGUCGCCGCCCAGGCAGAGAAAAUCUUGCUUCUACUCGUGCCCUUGAAGUUGUACAACUCGCGCACAACGCUACCUGCGUCGACGUCCGAUACGUUCAAGAAGGUGGGCCUCGUCUACACACAGGGCUUGUUCCGUGCUGUGCAAACGGGCAAUCUCCGGGAGUUCGACGACUGCGUCCGCAAGUUCCAAAAGUUUUUCUUGAAGCGCCACAUCUACCUUUUGGCGGUGCACUUGAAGACCCUCUGCUACCUUCGUUUGAUACAGCGCACGGUGCGCCUCUUUGCCGAGCUAAAAACGCCGUCGCCGCACAUCGUGCCUCUCAGCGCCAUACAGCUAGCCAUUGAGUUCUCGUCCAAUCACACACAGAAAACCGACGGGUCCCUAGCUGCGCCGGAAUCUCUAGCCACGCAAAACUACUCUGUUUCCACAGAGGAGGUGGAGUGCAUUUUGGCCAAUUUGAUCCACAAGAAAUGGGUGAAGGGCUACAUCUCCCACUCCAACCGUUGCAUAGUUCUUCUGAAGACCGACGCUUUCCCGUCCAUCUAGGCAAGUCUACUCCACUUCUACAGCGGUGCGAAUUGCUUGGGAUGGCGAAAGAAUCUCCGAUCAGAGAAGAUAUCGCAGGGGUACG